GUUAAAUUAAAAAACAUACUUACAAGAAAUAAUUGGAAAUUUAUAAGAAUUAUAUUUUGUUUCUUUGAUAAGCAAAAAUAAAAAGACCAACACAAUACAUAUAUAGAUUAUGAUGUAACUCAAAUUUUAUAUAGUUAAUGUAAAAAAAAAUGUUUUCAAGACUUCGUGGGUUUGUAAAUCGUCAUAGACGAAAGUUUAUAGUGGGAGGUAUUGUUGUUGGUAGUGUUAUUUUUAUCAGAUAUACAGCACGUAGGCUUCGAGAAUGGCAAGAGAAAGAAAUAAAAGAUAUGCUGGAUAGAUCAAAACGUCGGCAAUAUUUUGAAUGUAAUGAAAGAACAUGCAGUCAGAUGAUAGUGUCUCUCACAUCAACUUUAAAAGAUUCUAUAGUAAAAGUUUUGGAUACUAAUACUAUUAUAAAUAAGCUCAGAAAUGGUUGUCCUGAUAAAAUAGCAUGUUGGAAUGAAUUAAAAGUUUUAGCAAUUGCUAGGUCUGCUGUAGUAGUUUAUUCAUAUGCUAUGUUGGCAACCUUUAUAAGAAUUCAAUUUAAUGUAAUGGGUGGUCAUGUAUACAAGGAUAUUCAAAAUUCUAAUGGUACAACUACAGAAAAUAUUAUACAAACAAAAUAUAUGUCACUUUCACGUCAUUUUAUAUAUGAUGAAAUAAAAAAAUUGAGUUUACUUAUAAAAGAUAAAGUGGCAGAAAUUACAGCAUCAAUAUCUUUAAAAGAUGAAUUGACCUUAAGAGAUAUUGAAGAAAUAUAUUGGGCUUUAACAUCUUCUAUUUCUGCAGAUAGUUCAAAGGAUCCUAUAAAAAAUCUUGCUGAAUAUAUGCUAUUAUCAAAUUGUGAGGAAGAGCAAUCACCUGUACUAUUAAAAUUAUUCAACGAAACAUUGGAUCUUUUAGAAACUGAAGAAGUACAAAAUUUAACACAAAGUAAUAUUAGAAAUGGAUUUAGUUUAUUAGUGGACCACAUUUCUGCAUUCUUUGUUGGUUCUCCUAUAAUAGAAAACAAUAAAACUGCUCAAAAUGGUAUUUCAGUGCCAGGAACAUCAAAUCAAAAUAGCAUAAGCAUGAAAUAUGAUUCAAGUAUAUUUACAAAUAUUAAUAAAGUAUCAAUGCCAAUGGCUAAAUUAAUACCAAUUAUAAAUGGACAAGUACCAGAUAAAUCAACAUCAAGAGAUUUUCAAAAUGAUUUAUUACAACGUCUUAUAACAAAUAAUGAACUUAAAACACUUGGAGCAAACAUAUAUGAAGCAUUUAGUAUUUAAAUUUAAGAAUUAAAUAUUCACAAUAUAUUAGAUAUUAUAUGUAAAAAUGAUUAAAAUAAUUGUUCAACAAAUUAUAUUUGAUAAAUAUAAUUAUAAAUAUUUUUGUUUUAAAUAUAUUUUUAUUUUAAAUAAAAAUAUAUAAAUCUUUUAUAUAAUAUGAGAAAAAUUCUUAUAUAUGUAUAUUACUUAAAUUGUGUGGAAAGGUACUGGUAUCUUACUCUUUUAUUAUGUAUGUAAAGCGUUUUAUGGAUAAGGUGUUAUAAGGGAUUUUAUUAUAUAUGAUUAUGUAUACAAUACAUAAAAACAACAAAAUUGUAAAAUUUAA